AUGAACGUCUUUGCAGACGAAGCCACGCAGGAGAGGGCAGAGAACGCUCGCCUGGCUUCCUUUGUGGGUGCACUCGCACUAGGUGACCUGGUCAAGUCGACCCUAGGGCCUUCGGGAGCCAACAAGAUCCUACACUCUGCCUCUACUGGCGACAUCAUCGUCACCAACGACGGCCGGACGAUCCUAUCCUCCAUCCAGCUCGACAACCCCGCAGCAAAGAUCCUCGUGAACAUCAGCAAAGUACAAGAUGAUGAAGUAGGCGACGGCACGACCUCCGUCUGCGUACUGGCGGCAGAAUUGCUGAGAGAAGCGGAAAAGCUGAUCGCUAUCAAGCUACACCCUCAGACCAUCGUCGAAGGCUUCCGGAUAGCAUCUCGCGAAGCUCUGCUGGCACUCGAAGGCGCCGCGAUCGACAACUCAGCCAACCCGGAGGCAUUCAAGCAAGACUUGCUCAACAUCGCUCGAACGACACUCUCGUCAAAAGUCCUGUCGGCAGACAAGGACUACUUUGCCAACCUGGCAGUCGACGCCGUGCUCCGUUUAAAGGGUUCGACAGAUCUAGAGCACAUCCAGAUCAUCAAGAAAGUCGGCGGAAGGCUCGUGGACUCCUACCUCGACGAUGGCUUCAUCCUCGACAAGAAGAUCAGCGUCAACUGCCCUCGCAUGGCAGAGAACGCAAAGAUUAUGAUCGCCAAUACCUCCAUGGACACCGACAAGAUCAAAAUUUUCGGCGCGCGAGUACGCGUGGAUGGUACGGGCAAACUUGCAGAACUAGAACGAGCAGAAAGAGAAAAGAUGAAGGCCAAAGUAGCAAAGAUCAAAGCGCAUGGCAUCACCUGCUUCGUCAACCGACAGCUCGUCUACAACUACCCCGAAUCACUCUUUGCAGCCGAAGGCAUCAUGUGUAUCGAGCAUGCCGAUUUCGAAGGCGUCGAGCGGUUAGCGCUCGUGACGGGCGGCGAGAUUGCGAGUACUUUCGAUCGACCUGAUCUGGUCAAGUUGGGCUCUUGCGCGAGGAUAGAAGAGGUCAUGAUCGGCGAAGACAAGCUCAUCAAGUUUUCGGGCGUUGCAGCAGGCGAGGCGUGUACUGUCGUGCUGCGCGGCGCGACCACUCAGAUGGUCGACGAAGCCGAACGAUCCUUGCACGAUGCUCUUUCCGUGCUAUCCCAGACUGUCAAAGAGACUCGUAUCGUCUAUGGCGGCGGAUGCUCGGAGAUGCUCAUGUCAAACCGAGUAGACGACAUUGCAAAGAAGACUCAAGGGAAGAAAGCUCUAGCUGCAGAAGCAUUCGGCAAAGCGCUCAGAGAGAUGCCCACGAUCUUGGCUGAUAAUGCUGGCUUCGAUUCCGCCGAGCUUGUCGCGCAGCUACGCGCAGCCCAUCACGAUGGCAAAUCUGACGCAGGUCUCGAUAUGAAGCAAGGCACAAUCGGAUCAAUGAAGAAUCUGGGCAUAACAGAAUCCUACAAGCUCAAACGACAAGUCGUCCUGUCUGCCUCUGAAGCAGCGGAGAUGAUCGUCAGAGUAGACAAUGUACUUCGAUCAGCUCCGCGAAAGCGUGAAGGUCAUUGA